CCCCCGACGCCGGUACGCUCCAGCCUCGAGAGAGCCCCACCAGCGGGGCUCAGCCUCCGACUCGCCCGGCAACAGUCGCCCGGCCUGUUGUCCUGUGAUCCGUCGGACCUCUUUGUGCUGCCCGUCGUCAAGUGCCUGCCAACCACUGAUGCCAAGUUCGAGGCCCGAGGCGGCAGAAGCGCCAGUGGCGGCGUGAUGAUUGCGCUGGCCAGCGAAGAGCAGCGCUCCGACAGCGGCAGAGGCGCCAGCGACGAAGAGGCGAUGGCAGGAGGCCAACAACUGCAACAACCGCAAUCGCAAUACCAUCCGCAUUACACAUAUCAGCACAACCCACCGGCUCAGCACCACCACCAUCAGCAUCAUCAUCAUACACAACAACAACAACAACAACAACAACAACAACAACAACAGCAGCAGUAUCAUCUUCAAUACCAUCCGUACCACCACAGCCCUCAACAACUACAACAGCAGCUGCAACAGCAGAUUUCCGUGUGCCUAAGCGACCAAUCACAACCAGGAAAUCCGGUCUCGAACAAGACAAACGCCGGGAAUCACGUGCGUUUCGCGAGUCCUCCACGAAGCGGCAGUCCGAGUAUAGAACAUGUGGACUGGCCGAAGGAGCCUGCCGGUGCCGUUCUCACCUCCUUCCUGCCCAGUCGUCCUGGCAACCAUGCCCAGAGUUCGCCCAGUCCCUCGAGCCUCUCAAGGCGGCCCGACUCGCCCGACGACGCCGAACAAUCGCUCUGUGGCCAAGCGCAAACUGUCGUCUCUGGGGUCCAGGCCUGCGCCAGCCCCGUCUCGAAGGGUCUCGACAACAGACGACCGUUGAGGCCAUCCGCCGCCACUCGACUCUCGCAUCAGAUUGACCAACUCUUCGUCGAGAACAUGAUCUAG